GGUCGGGGGCCGUGUCUGGCCCCGGGCCGAGCGCUGACAGCCGCGUGUCGCCCGCAGGGAAGUCGCAGGAGGCGUUGCAGGAGCGGUACCGGAUGGGUUCGCUGCUGGGCAGAGGCGGCUUCGGCAGCGUCUUCUCGGGCACCCGGCUCGCGGACGGCGCCCCGGUGGCCAUCAAGCGCGUGCCGCGGGGUCGCAUCCGGCGCUGGGGCGAGCUGCCCAACGGCGCCCGUGCGCCCCUGGAGAUCGUGCUGCUGGACAAGGUGUCCACUGGCUUCCCUGGAGUCAUUCAGCUGCUGGAGUGGUUCGAGCUUCCCAGCUGCUUCUUGUUGGUGCUGGAGCGUCCGGAGCGAUGUCAGGACCUCUCUGAUUUCAUCGCGGCUCGGAGGUUCCUGCCGGAGGAGGAGGCGCGGGGGCUGUUCCGCCAGGUGCUGGAGGCCGUGCGGCACUGCAGCAGCUGCGGGGUCCUGCACAGGGACAUCAAACCGGCCAACAUAAUCAUCGACCUGGACAGCGGGCAGCUCAAACUGAUUGACUUUGGCUGUGGCACCUUUCUCCAGGACACAGUCUACACCCAGUUUGCAGGAACACUGUCCUACAGCCCCCCAGAAUGGACCCACCUCAAAUGCUACCACGGCGAGGCAGCAACGAUCUGGUCCCUGGGUAUCCUGUUGUACCAGAUGGUCUGCGGGAAGCACCCGUUCCAGAAGGGCCGGGACAUCAUCUGGGGCCAGCUCAAGUUCCCACAACAGCUCUCUCAAGGUGGAUCCUCAUCUCUGGGCACAGGGAAUACCAGUGCUGGGAGACAGCUGUGGGCUCGUGACCAUCCUGCUCUGGCAGCUGCUGAGGAGGUGGCACAUGUCCUGCUGUCCUCCAAAACAGGGAAUUGACUGGAAAGUUUAGGCGCAGCUGUGAGAACAUCCAGCAGAGCCCAGGCACGGGAAUGGUGGGGCAAAGCAAACAGGAUCCUUCUCCAACUGUCUGGUGAUUUGUGGUUUCUCUCCCCAGAGUGCCAAGAUAUUAUCAGUUGGUGUUUAUCCAUGCGCUCCUUGGACAGGCCAUCUGUGGAAGAUCUGUUCUAUGACCCUUGGCUGCAGG